AAAGACACUAUUUGGGCCAUAAUGAUGAUGUCAAGUGUUUGGCCAUCCAUCCAGACAUGGUCACCAUAGCAACAGGACAAGUUGCCGGAACAUCCAAAGAUGGCAAAGCUUUGCAGCCUCAUGUCCGUGUGUGGGACUCUGUCAGUUUAAACACUCUUCAUGUGAUCGGAGCAGGUGUGUUUGACCGAGCUGUCACCUGCCUUGCCUUCUCAAAGUCGAAUGGCGGUGCUCAUUUGUGUGCGGUUGAUGAUGCAAAUGACCACAUUUUGUCUGUUUGGGACUGGCAGAAGGAAAAGCAACUGGCCGAGGUUAAGUGUUCCAAUGAGUCAGUUCUGGGUGCUGUCUUCCACCCCAUGGAGGCCAACCUGAUUGUCACCUGCGGGAAGUCUCACAUUAACUUUUGGACAAUGGAAGGGAAUACUCUUACAAAACGCCAGGGACUGUUUGAGAAACAUGAAAAACCCAAGUAUGUACUCUGUGUCGCUUUUGCUGAGAAUGGAGAUGCAAUCACUGGAGAUUCUAGUGGAAACAUCUACAUCUGGGGAAAAGGUGGAAACCGGAUCAGCCAGGUGGUUUCAGGAGCCCAUGAGGGUGGGAUCUUCUCUCUGUGUGUGCUGAAGGAUGGAACGCUGGUGUCGGGUGGAGGAAAAGACCGCAGGGUGCUGCUGUGGGACCAUGAUUACCGCAAAAAGAGCGAAAUUGAGGUUCCUGAGGCCUUUGGACCCGUCCGCACUCUAGCUGAAGGAAAGCAGGAUGAGCUGUUUGUGGGAACGACACGAAACGCUGUUCUGCGGGGCUCUUUCUCUGGUUCUCUCACUCCCAUUGUUCAGGGCCACACUGAUGAGUUGUGGGGCCUGGAUGUGCAUCCCAGUACUGAGCAGUUUGUGACAUGUGGUCAAGACAAGCAGGUCUAUCUUUGGGAUACCACUUCCCAUCUGCCUCUGUGGAGCAAGGCCAUUGAGGACCCUGGACGUUCGGUUGGAUUUCAUCCCAGUGGCACUGUGCUUGCUGUGGGCACCAUGACAGGAAGGUGGUUGGUGCUGGACACUGACACCCGUGAUCUUGUCUCUAUGCAUACUGACGGCAAUGAAAUUAUUUCCGUUGUUAAAUACUCUCCAGAUGGGGCGUACUUGGCUGUGGCAUCCCAUGACAACUUUGUUUACAUCUACUCUGUUGCUGAGAACGGCAGGAAAUACAGCCGAGUUGGCAAAUGCACUGGACACUCCAGUUUUGUCACUCAUCUUGACUGGUCCACCGACAGCCAGUUUAUUGUAACCAACUCAGGCGACUAUGAAAUCUUAUUCUGGGAAGCAUCCAGUGGGAAGCAUAUAACUAGUGCUGAUGCUGUGCGCAAUCUAGAAUGGGCCACUUCCACCUGUGUUCUGGGUUUCAGCGUGUUUGGAAUCUGGCCAGAAGGUGCUGAUGGUACAGACAUUAACGCUGUAUGCAGGUCACAUGACAAUAACCUUCUUGCCUCAGCUGAUGAUUUUGGCAAAGUGCACUUGUUCUCUAAUCCCUGUUCCCAACCAAGGGCUUCCAGCCAUAUCUAUGGUGGGCAUAGCAGCCAUGUGACCAACGUUGCCUUUCUGCAUGACGACAGUCAUCUUAUCUCAACUGGUGGGAAGGACACCAGUAUUCUUCAAUGGGUGCUCGCUUAGUCCUCCCUGAGCCGUCCUGCUGCAACCUCACUGUCUCCUGCCCACUAGAGGGCAGCACUGCUGUGCCUAAUUGCCUUCUCUGCUGUCCUGUUUGCCUGUAUUGUGUACAAUGUUAUUAGGUUUUGGUACAGAGUCAGUUUUGUCUCUGGUCGAGAUGUAAUUACAGUGAUUGUUUUGAGGGGUAGAGGCUGAGCUUAAAUCCGUGCUAAUUGGCAAACUCCAGUCUGAAGUGAAUUGAGCACUUUUCUGAAUCACCACCAGAAGGAGCUCUGCUGCAGGAGAAGAAGCAUGUUGUCUGCUAUUGACACUAUUUAAGCCUAUUUAAAGAAUUUUAGCUGCUGUUUGUGUUGCGGAAGCCUAUAGGAAUAUAUAUAUAUACAUAUAUAUAUAUAAUGCUGUCAUUUAGUGGAGGUUGUAUUUUAAUAUUGGAAGUACAUAAUAAUGUUGUGGCACUUGGCUUUUGAUGCAUAUCUAGGGGUGAACUUAAGCUGUGCUUUGCCUUUUAUUUGUUAAUAAAGUUUCUCAUAUAGCAGUGAA